AUGAGGUUCUCAAGGAUACCAGGCCUACUAGCCCUCGGGCUGGCAGGAUAUGCGUUGGCUCAGAGCGGAGAGGCUACAUGCGCUAUUAGCACCAUCACGACUACUGCAACAACUACCGCGACGACGACCGCGACGACUACCAAGACGAGUACCACCACGAGUACCGCAACGACUACCUCAACGACUACCGCGACGACUACCGCGACGACUACCACGACGACCACCGCGACUAUCUUCAAGGAAGCCACCACCAUCUACUGGUCAACCAUCUUUGUUGAACCCAGUGCCUGCGCCACUACCCCUGUAACUGUAGAUGGCAACAGCGGAGCUUUCUCGUCCUCGACGUCAACCGCCAGUGUACGGGUUGACGCCGUAACAGCAGCUGACGUAACAGCGGCUGCGGGCACGACUGUUUCAGUUAUUGUCGAAGCCAUUUCUAGAAGUGAGACCACUUCUGGUGUUACGACCACCAUCGCCAGCCUCGUUGUUGACCCUACUGCGACUAGCGAUGCGACAAACGAUUUGAGCACCAUAGCCACUAAUGGCGAGGUCUUCACCUGGACGGGCGAUGCUCCUACAGCCACCUCUUCCGUGCCAGCCCCAACAUACACUAACUCGCCAAACAAUGGCUCCUUACCGGCUCCUGGAUCUCUGUCCUCCAACGUGACUGCUCCUCAGACUGGUAACCAAGGUGGUUCGUGCAACAGUCCAACUGACCGAAGCAAAUGGUGCGAUGGGAGGAGCAUCAGCACCGACUACUAUGCAGCCGAGUACACGACUGGGCAGACUUGCUCGUACGACUUUACAAUUACCAACACCACCAUUGAUUUCGAUGGUAGUGGGCCAAAACUGGCCUUUGCAAUCAACGGUCAAGUUCCCGGGCCGCUAAUUGAAUGCAAUUGGGGCGACAUUCUGCAGGUCAACGUCCACAACCAGCUGCAGGACAAUGCUACCUCGAUCCACUGGCAUGGAAUCACGCAGAAAGGGACCAAUGAUCAGGAUGGUGUUCCUGGCAUUACCGAGUGUGGCAUUGCUCCUGGAUCUUCUCGAACGUACACCAUGAAGCUCAAUCAAUACGGGACCGGAUGGUACCAUUCUCACACCAUGACCCAGUACGGGGACGGCAUUCGUGGACCCAUGAUUGUCCACGGCCCUGCCACAGCCAACUACGAUAUCGACAUGGGCACUGUCAUGAUCGACGAUGUCUUCGAGGUAACCGCAGCUCAAAUGAAUGAACGAAUCAUCCAGACCGGCCCUACUGGUACCGUAAACUACCUGCUCAACGGCAAGAACACCCUCCCUGACCUCUCGGCUGGCCAACAUUCUCUGUGGUCGGUCCAACCAGGAAAGAAGCAUUUAUUCCGCCUCAUCAACUCCGGUGUACAAAACAUGUAUACGGUGCACUUCGAUAACCAUGUGAUGACGGUGAUUGCUACCGACUAUGUCCCUAUUGUCCCAUACACGACCGAGUGGCUGCACAUCGGUAUUGGCCAGCGCUAUGAUGUCGUCGUCGAGAUGAACCAGCCCGUCGCCGGCUACUUCUUGCGGGCGGUCACUCAGACCGGGUGCCCCAGCAGUUGCGACAACGGCGGCCUCGGAAACGCCAACGGCAUCAUCCUCUACGAGGGCGCUGAGGCCAUUCUGCCGACGUCGACCUUUGGCAACCGCACGUCCGCCGAUUUUGCCAUCUGCCAGGACGAGCCGAUCGCUUCGUUGGUGCCGUUUCUCGAGAAGCCUGCCGGCUCAGCCGACGAGUUCGCUGCUACAGCUUCUACGCUGCCAGCUGGGAACGUCGCGCGGAUCGCAACCAGCGACGAUGGCGUUGUGGUCCGCUGGUUCUUGAACAAUGGCGCCAUCAACGUCAAUUACACCCAACCGACUCUUCAGACCAUUGCAGAGCAUGGCAAUCGUUCACUCAUCUCGAACCCGAUCGAGCUGAAUGUGGUCAAUCAAUGGGUCUAUUUCAUCAUUCAGAACCAGUUCUUCGCGUCGCAUCCGAUGCAUUUACAUGGCCACGACAUGAGCGUGCUGGGCCAGGGUACCGUCACCUGGACGCCAAGCUUGGUAUCGACGCUCAACUUCAAGAACCCGACAAGGCGCGACACGGCCAUGCUGAUGGGCUCCUCUGGGCCCGGUAACCCACCCGGCUACACGGUGAUUGGCUUUGAGACAGACAACCCUGGUGCUUGGGUGAUGCACUGCCACAUUGUUUGGCAUGUCGAUGGCGGCCUUGCGCUCCAAUUCACCGAGCGGCCGGCGGAUAUCCUGCCCUACGCCAGUUCUGCAGCGUUUCAAGAAGAAUGUUCUAGCCUCGUCGUCUGGCAGGCUGCCCACCCGGCUGGAAUUCACGCCCCAGGCGCAUCCGGCCUGAAGCGCCGUACAUAUUUCGACGCUUACCUUGAGGCUCGUUCCGGAGAUGUCGUCCGCCGUGGAGAGUCCCCCGAGAAGCAGUAUCUCGGGGCCCACCUCAGGCGAGGACUUGGAGACGGACACAAACUUCGACAUGUGCGGCGGUAA